CUGUUCUUCAAGUUCUACCGGAUGUCGCCGGAGACAUUCGACGCUCUCCACGACUUGGUGCGGGACCGGCUGUCGAAGGAAUGGGUCUGUAGGGACCCCAUUUCGUCUGGCGAGCGCCUUGCGCUGACGCUGCGAUACCUGUCAUCCGGCAUGCUCAUCCGAGAUGCAGCGAUGGCCUUCAGAGUGGGGCUGGAGACUGCACGGGAGGCGAUUCACCUAACGUGCAGCGUGCUGUGGGAGGUGUUGUCCCCUGUGUACAUGAAGCCUCCGACAGAGGACGACUGGAGGGACAUCGCUGCAGGAUUUUGCAGCCGUUGGCAGUUCCCGAAUUGCCUGGGUGCUGUGGACGGCAAGCAUGUCGAGAUAAGAUGUCCAAGAAAGGCAGGGAGCCUAUACUUUAACUAUAAGGUAUGGAACAGAAGAUUGCAGUGUUGCAUGCAGCAUAUUUGCUGCUAA